AUGGCAGAGUGUCUGCGCGCCCGCACCGGCCGAGUCCCACCACCGACGCUCCGCUUCAUCACCCCCGACAGCGCGUGUCUCACGAGGCGCACCGACCCAGGAGCACGCCGGCCACACCGCGCCUCCUCCAGACAGUAGAUGACAGCUGGAGAUCCAGUUCAGGGUCACGACUGACAGCAGGAAUCAUCUUCAGGAAGGAAGCCCCACCGAAGACCACCAGGAGGUGGACAUCAACCUGAAGACCUCUGGAGUGAAGCUGGACCGUCAGGAGCCCAGAGAGAUGAAGCUGUGCUGCCUGUUUGUGGUGACUCUACUGCUCCCCUCCGUCUGCUCCUUGUGUCCCGACAAGGAGGCGGGUCUGCAGCCAUGGAUGCCAGGUCAUCACCAAGAGCACCACGUUGUUAUCGGCUACGGCAGGAAGGUGCUCCUCACCACCUCAGCCACCGUCCACUCCAUCCACAUUGUUAACGGAGGAAAGCUGGUCAUCGCUGACAGCAACCGGCCCCUAUUGCUCCGGCUCAAACACAUUCUGAUCGGAAACAAAGGAGAACUUCACAUCGGAAGCGCCGACUGCCCUUACAAAGGCAACCUGACAAUUUCACUGUUCGGACGAUCCGAUGACAAAGAUGAGGAGCACAGCUACUUUGGUCGGAAGUACAUCGGUGUGGGGACAGGGGGAAGACUUGAGAUCCACGGCAGGAAGAAGCUGUCCUGGACUUUCCUCAACAAAACCCUCCACCCGGAAAAAAGCAACCAGAACAAGUAUCUGUUCCAGGGGAGCUGGGGGAGCAGAGGGAUCAUCGUCCACGUGCUUGACCCUAAGACCGGAGACGUGCUACAGAAUGACAGGUUUGACACCUAUCGCAGCAAGGACGAGAGCCGGCGCCUUGCGGCGUACCUGGACCGCCUGGAAUCCGGGGUCCUGCUGGCCAUGGUGGUCAAUGACGAGGGCUCCAACAAUCUGGAUGACUCCGCCAAGAAAAGCCUGAUGAGACUGGGCAGCAAGCAUAUCAGCACCUUGGGAUUCCGACAUCCCUGGACCUUCAUCGUGACCAAAGGAAUCCCAUCCUCAGCUGUGGAGGAUCAUGCUGUCUACCAGGGAACCAAGGCCUCCUCUGAGGCUCGAAGUGCUCAGGUGAUCCACUCCAGCUAUGGGGAGCAUUUCACCAUCACCACUGUCAGCCAGUGGGUGCAAGAGGCAGAGUGGACGGCGUGGUUCGACAGGGAUGAUGAGAGAGGAUCUGGAGACUGGGAGAAACUGAAGGAGCUGCAUGAGACUCAUCCAGACAAGCUGUGUAGCGGACCCCUAGACAUCCAGGCUGAAACCCAUGACGGAGUAGCAGCCAACAUGACUGGUGAUGUCAUCCACAAAAUGGACAAGGAUUACGGCUUUGUGUGUCUCAACAAGGACCAGCCUCAUGGCACCUGCAACAAUUACAGGGUCCGCUUCCUGUGUGGGAAACUGGUUCGUCCAGAGGCGUCCAUUUCCGUGGACGUGUCGUCCAACAGCAGCGUCCUGGAGCUGGCUGACCAACCUGUCGGGUGGGGACCCAGAGACCGGAUCGUGGUGGCCAGCACAGACUAUUCCAUGCAUCAGACCGAGGAAUUCACCCUUCUGCCAUGUCCCACCUGCUCUGCCAACCAGAUCAAAGUCCAAGGUAAAGCCCACUUCAUCCACAUGGGUGAGGAGGUGGAUGGGGUUGACAUGAGAGCAGAGGUUGGUCUGUUGACUCGCAACAUCCUCAUUCGAGGAGAGAUGGAGCCCAGCUGCUAUGGCAACGAGGCCUGCAAAUUCUUCGACUUCGACACAUUCGGAGGACAUUUAAAGGUGGAGCGUGGCUUCAGGGCCGUUCACAUCUCCGGCAUGGAGCUCCUGCACAUGGGCCAGCAGACGAUGGGACACUACCCUGUGCACUUCCACAUGAAUGGAGACGUGGAUGAGAGAGGAGGCUACCACCCCUUCACCUCUGUCAGCGACCUGUCCAUUCACCACUCCUUCUCCCGCUGCAUCACCAUCCACGGCACCAACGGACUGAUGAUCAAGGAUGUGGUGGGCUACGACACCUUGGGCCACUGCUUCUUCACUGAGGACGGCCCAGAGGAAAGAAACACUUUCGACCACUGUCUGGGUCUCAUGAUCCGGGCCGGCACGCUGCUGCCGUCGGACAGGGACGGCAAAAUGUGCCGCGACAUCACGAAGGGGGCGUUUCCGGGCUAUGUGCCCAACCCUCGCCAAGACUGCAGCGCCAUUUCUACUUUCUGGAUCGCAAACCCCAAUAACAACCUGAUCAACUGUGCCGCCGCAGGCUCGGAGGAAACGGGUUUCUGGUUUAUCUUCCACCACGUGCCCACCGGACCUUCAGAGGGCGUGUACUCCCCUGGGAAAACAGAACAUACGCCCAUGGGCCUGUUCAGCAACAACAGAGCCCACUCCAACUACAGGGCUGGAAUCAUCCUUGAUAAUGGCGUGAAGACGACCCAGGCCAACGACAAGGACAAGAGACCCUUUCUGUCACUGGUUGGAGCCAGGUAUGGACCGCACCAGGACGCGGACCCCUUCAAACCCCGAGUCCCUGCACUCAUCCACCACUUUGUGGCUUAUAAGAACCAGGACCACGGCGCCUGGCUGAGAGGAGGAGACAUUUGGCUGGACGACUGCCAAUUUGCUGAUAAUGGCAUUGGUCUCACUCUGGCAAGCGGAGGGACGUUUCCGGACGACGACGGCUCCCAUCAGCAGGUGAAGAACUCUUUGUUUGUCGGGGAGAGCGAAAACCGUGGGAUGCCGCUCCCUGAUAACAACAUCUGGGGGCCGGAUGGUGCCGACCACCAGGGCAGGACCCUCCCACGUGGCAUUGACUUCCCAAUCCGAGGUAUGCAGAUCUACGACGGACCCAUCAACGUCCAGAACUGUACGUUUCGGAAGUUUGCGGCUCUGGAGGGACGACACAGCAGCGCUUUUGGCUUCAGGCUCAACAACUCCUGGCAGAGCUGCCCCAACAACAACGUGACAGAAAUCACUUUCGACAGAGUUCCGAUCACGUCGCGGGUCUUCUUCGGUGAGCCCGGCCCGUGGUUCAGCAAAAUGGAGAUGGACGGAGACAAGACCACCAUAUUCCAUGACGUGGAUGGCUCGGUCAGCGAGUAUCCCGGGGCGUUCCUGGUCAAAGAGGACAACUGGCUGCUGCGACAUCCAGACUGCAUCGAUGUGCCCGACUGGAAGGCCGCCAUCUGCAGUGGCCACUUCGCACAGAUCUAUGUCCAGACCCGGAACCCGGCCAACUUGAACAUGCAGAUGGUGAGGGACGAGUACCCGGACCGACCGCUGAGACUAGAGGGCGCUCUGGGGAAGAAAAAGCACUACCAGCAGUUCCAACCUGUGAUAACCCUGGCCAAGGCUUACACCAUCCACUGGGACCAGCCAGCGCCAGCAGAGGUCACCAUCUGGCUCAUCAACUUCCACAAAAAUGACUGGAUCACUGUGGGGAUCUGCUACCCUCGAGGCACCACCUUCACCAUCCUCUCCGACAUCCACAACCGCCUCACCAAGCAGACCCGCAAGACCGGGGUCUUCAUGAGGACGGCGCAGAGGGACAAGGUGAACCACUCCCACCAGACCAGGGGCUACUACUUCUGGGAGGAGGACACCGGUCUGCUGUUCCUGAAGGUUGUGGCUCACAACGAGCGGGACCAGUUUGCCUUCUGCUCCACCAAAGGAUGCGAGCGCGUGAAGAUCACGGCUGUGAUUCCUAAGGGAAGUCCUCCCAGCAACUGCAUGGCCCAGGCUUACCCUCGACACGCCGAGAUGCCUGUGGUGGAUAUUCCCAUGCCCAAAAAGAUCCCCAACAAUGAACUGGCCACGCCUGAGCACCUGCUGGAGGUGAAGCUGCAGUCGUACAACACUCGCUUCUUCCACAUCAAGGAGGACUUUGCCUUCACUGAGGUGAAUGGCAGGAAGCUGUACCAGCCAGAGGAUGGAGUCCAGUUGACCGUGAUCAAGGGUCAGGACGGGACAGUGCUGGAGACCAAAAACUUCAGGAACUCCAUCCUGCAGGGCAUCCCUGCGCAGAUAGACAACUAUGUCAGUCAACUUGAAGAUGGCUCUGUGGUCCUCGUGACCUCUAAAGGUCGCCUGGUGACCAGAGGACCCUGGACAAAAGCUCUGGAAAGGCUGGGAGCAGACAAGAACCUCAAGCUCAAAGACAAGUUGGCGUUUGUGGGCUUCAAAGGUCCCUUCCAUCCCGACUGGAUCCAUCUGGAGGUGGAUCAGGAGCAGGCCAAGAUCCACCAGGUCCUCCCCAUCCCUGUGGUCCACAAGCUGAAGCUAUGAGUGCGCAGCGUAGUCAUGUGACUCCCCCGCUGCGGCUGGACUGACUCACGCUCACUCAAACCUGAGGCCUGCAUCAAUGGACGUUUCUCUGAAGCCUCAAAACGGUGACUCGUCCAGACUCAUCAUCACUAUCUUCUCUUCAUGUGGACGAGUCGCGAGGUUUCCUGAACUAUUGCCAUGGGUCCGUUAUCUCACCUGUUCCAAGAGUUUCUACAGUGAUGUUGGUUUUUCUUCUCAAUCCAAAUGGCACCAUGAGUCUUUCUGCCCCUGGUGUCCACAGCUAAGCAGCAGUGCUCUUGUUCCACUCUGUAGUUUGACCUGGGUCCAGUGGGAUUGAUCCCCUUCCUUCUGCUGUUAAUCUGCCGUGGCUCAUGCGUGCAGUCGACAUGUGUUACCGUUUGUGCUUCAGACGUGAGCUGGGAGAUAAACAACACACCGCAGGGCGAGAUGUCACCAACUGGACCUUCCAUCUUUAUUCAGUUUGGCCAUUGAAAAGGGACGAUGAAGAGGAUGAGUGGAAAAAAUGGAACGAAGAGUCUUCAGUAUUCAGUCAAAGCUUUGCCUUUUUUUGCACCUUUAAUGUUGAAUACUUCACUUUCAAAUAGUCUGCAUGGAAGUGGACACAUGUGGCGAUACAUAGAUUGAACACACGGCGUUCUGUUUACGCUUGACCUUCCACGACAUGUUGGAUUGUCACGGCCUGCGCAAUGCGCUCACAGCGCGGAACAGGUCGCUUGGUGACAAGCUCCUCCAGUGAAAGUGCUAUUUUUCAAACCGCCUCAAUAAUCUUUCUUAUUUCUUCUCACACCUCACAGUUGGAAUGAAGCAGAGUUCACGGUGUAAUUGCACUUAAAACCCAGUCAUGUGUAGUUCAAUCGUUUAAAUCAAAACAAAGUCGAAAUAGUUUGUUCAAUUUUUAAUUCUGUUUGAUACAACAAAGUAAACGUGUGGGAGAGUAUGUUUUUUUUUUCUUCAUCUUAGGCAGAAAUGGGAGGCCUUGAUGAUGAGUCCUGUGCUGUCCCGAUGUUAGGAGGCCACUAGAAAGCACUAUUCAGCCUAUGAACUUUGGAUUUGUUUGACAAGUUGAAGAGGAAACCUCAGAUCAAUGUUUGACAGCUUCAUGAAACCAUAUCAGCCCAUCACCAGCAGUGAGGAGUCGGAAGCACCAGACAGCUAAACAUGUCACGUUGCUUUAGUGGAAGCUAAAAUCCUGAAAGGGAAAAUUGUUUGUUUUUCACGCAAACAUUUUGUCCGGUGAAACAGAAUGACAGACAGACUCAAGUGGAACCAACCAUCGCGUCCUGUUCUUUUCUAUUGAAAGAGUAAACCACUUCCAUCUGAGACUGAACUGGAAAACUCAAAAGUUUCUCACAACUGAGUUAAACACAUCGACACUACGAACCGUCCUUUUCCACCGGAUGUUUCUCCACUUCUUGCUCAUGACAUCACGGUUCGUCCGGCAUUAGCGGCAUGACCUCGUCCGCCGCACGUCGCUUGUCCCGUGGACGCUUUUCACCGAGUGUUUCAAAGAAGAGUCCUGCAUCCAACCCUGUGAUUGUUGACUUGGUGUUCUCUCGUGCGUGUCCUCAUCUGUCCGGGUGUUUUAGUCCGUCUGAACCAGCUCCAGAACAAACCGACCGAGGCUGCAAUCUGGCUCUAAAAUAUGGGAGUGAAAAGAAAAGAAGAUAAAAAAAAAGAAAUCCCGAAGUUUGCCGAAAUAGCUGGUCUUUUUUCGGAGGUUGUGACUCGAUGUUUUGUAUGUUUGUGUUUUUGAAACUCCACAGAUUGAUAAGAGAUAUAUUUUAUACUUAUUUAUUGUACAGCACUGUGGGGUGGGACCUUUUUCACUUGUAAUGUCCUCGCUGUUCUGUGGUUUGCUCCAUCUGGUUUCUCACUCUGGCAGAGGAAUCUAGUGAUCUUUUGUGACGUCUGUGUAGCUCCUUCCUUUUCUUUUUGACUUUUGUACAGAAAUAAACUAUGAC